AUGCAACUACAUAUAUUUCUUAUUUUAUUUUGCAUUAUUACAAUAUUUUUUAUUGAAAUAAAUAAUGGUGCAUCAAUAAAAAAUACUACGACAAGUGAACCAUCAUCUAAGAAAAAUGAAAAGAAUCCAUCAAAAGCAAAACCAUUGAUUCUUGGUGGUCAUACAUCAUGGACUACAAAGAUCAAACCAAAGCAUAAAAAAAUCUUUAAUGAUUAUAAAAACAUAAUAUUUAAAAAACUUCGUGAAAUUCAUAAAAUAUCAAAUACAUUUGAUCUUAAACCAGAUAAAUUCUCUACACAAAUUGUUGGUGGUAUUAAUUAUCUUUAUUUAAUAAAAUUACCAAUAAAUAAAUAUGCAUUUGUAUCUAUUCAUCAUCGUAUAUGGAGAAAAGAUCAUUAUGGAAAAGAAGAAAAUGUUCAUAUACGACCACAAACUUAUGAAUUAAAUGAUAAAAAUAUUUAA